AUGGGUGCAGAUUCACUCUACAGAAAUAGUUUCUCAAGCCUCAGCGAUGAAAAGCUUAACUCCCCAACUGCAUCUACUCCAAGCUUGCCAUCUCCAUCAGUAACUCCGUGUAAAGCAAAGCUUGGAGACACAAAAGAACUGGAAGACUUCAUUGCUGAUCUUGACAGGACACUAGCAAGUAUGUGAAAUGAAUCUUUGGCGUUGUGCUUUGCUAGGAAUGUCCUCUGAAAGAUCAGUGACAUCAAUCACUGAGAACUGCUGCCCUUGUCUGAUAACUUUGCUACCCACGAUACUCACCUUCUGAAUACCUUUGUAACAUAACCUUUGUAAACUCCUAUAAGCAUUUAACUGGCAACAUCAGUUUUGUUAUUUUACAGCAGAUGGAAUAAGAUAACUUAAGUGUUAUGGCUGUAUUUUACUUUAAAAUAUAGCUUGAAUUUUAAUUUAAAGUUGCUUUUAUGAAAAUAUAUUUGUAAUUUUAUAUAGUUGAGAACUUCUAAUGCUUUUUUCCAUUAUAAUAUAUUUUUGUAUGCAAAUAAACCCUGAACUGG